CAGGAGGAUAGAUUUCUCGGGGCUGCACUGCUCGGGAACCCCGGUUCCUUGCCCACGUGCUCGCUACCGUGCUGGGUGGGGACCGGAUGGCUUUUGUCCCUGGUCCUGGAUCUGGAGGCGCCUGGCUGAGCACAGCGGUGGAAGGACACCCCCCGCCCCCCAGCCAACUGCUCUUGGCUCCUCAAGUAGCUGCCUACAUCCAGUGGCUUAUGGGGUACUAUCCUGCCCAGCUCUGCUAAGAUGAUCCUGGCCUCUCCCUCCACCCCAUCCAGGGGACGGACCCCCAGCGCGGUGGAGAGGCUGGAGGCCGACAAAGCCAAGUAUGUCAAGACACACCAGGUGAUAGCACGCCGCCAGGAGCCAGCUCUGCGUGGGGGUCCCGGACCGCUCACCCCGCACGCCUGCAAUGAGCUGGGCCCCCCUGCAUCGCCCAGGACGCCCAGACCCGCCCGCCGGAGCAGCGGCAGGCGGCUGCCCAGGCCUGACUCCCUCAUCUUCUACCGCCAGAAGCGGGACUGCAAGGCUUCGGUGAACAAAGAGAACGCCAAGGGCCAGGGGCUGGUGCGGCGCCUCUUCCUGGGCGCCCCCCGAGACGCCCCCUCGAGUAGUCCGGGCCCAACGGAGCGACCAGCGGCUCCUGGGGUUUGGGCAGCGCCCCAAGAUGCCCCGGAAGCGGCAGGAAAGCGGGCGCUGUGCCCCACAUGCUCACUGCCGCUGUCGGAGAAGGAGCGCUUCUUCAAUUACUGCGGCCUGGAGCGCGCGCUGGUGGAGGUGCUGGGCGCUGAGCGCUUCUCUCCGCAGAGCUGGGGCGCGGACGCCAGCCCCCAACCCGGAGCGUCGCCGCCGCCCGGCUCUGGGGACACCAGCGACUGGACGUCCAGCGAUGGCGACACGGAUCGCCCGGACGGUGCUGACCGCGGCGGCGGCGGCGGCGGCGGCUCAGAGGCGGCGGGCUCGGCGCGGGACGGGCGCCCCCCGGUGUCCGUGGUGGAGCGCAACGCGCGCGUCAUCCAGUGGUUGUACGGCUGCCAGCGCGCCCGCGGCCCGCCGCGCGAGUCGGAGGUGUGACUGCCGCCGCUGCGGCCCGAGCGCGCUCCGGGGAGUCCCGGACCCCAGGAGGGUGAAGGGGUGGGCGCAGGGCUGGUCCCGGGCACGGGCAGGGACGCUCCGCCUCCGACGCGCCGGGUGCCUCUAGGGAGCCCUUCCCUCCGGGUUCUUGGUCUCUCCCUGUGAACCUUGGGAGGAUGGGACAAAUCAUUCCGAAGGCCCUUCCCAGAGUAGACGACGGAGGGGGAGGGGGCAGCUACGUGGCUCCUGUGGAGGCCGGGUCUGGGGAGAGAAGCCUGGAGUGGGGGAUCCGAGAAUCUACUGAAUAAAGGCAAAACGUUCAUUAAAGGA